UAAAUUUAAGUGUGUGCAGUGGUGAAAGGCACAGCUCGCUUUGGAUUUACACCCGCCCGGCGCCUUCCACAACACACGCUUUGUUUGGAUCUAAUCAUACUAAGCAUCGAUGUUUUGCUGUUUUGAACCCUUUCUUAAAACUGUCGGACGGAAUUGUUCCACAUUGGAGUUUUCAGAUGCGCUUCAAGGGACGAUACAAUUACUCUUCCAUCCCGAAUGCUUGUCCUUGCAUGGCAUGAGCGAAAUAUAAACAGCUGGUGUGUGUAUGUUUAGAAACUCUUUCAUCAACCUGCAGUCGGUGCGUGGAGGGCAAAUGACCAUAAGGCGUCCACCUCACAGCGCGCACACAUUCCUGUGAUGUGGGUCUGUCACACUUUGCCGAGCUUUUGUAUGGCCGAAGCCGGGCAUUUCCUACCGACUGGACACAGUUUGAGGAGUUAAAAGAUUUUCUUUAUUUUUUGUGUCUUUAACGACUCUGUCCACUACGGUGUCAAUGAUGACUGAGAACAAUGAGAUGGAGAGCGACUCUCAGCUCCAGCGCUCUCCAAGCACCAUGUCCAUCCAACCGAUGUCAUCCAAGCUCCAGAGACUAAAGCGCUCGCUGUCCUUCAAGACCAUCAUGCGCAGUAAAAGCGUGGAGAACUUCUUCCAAAGGUCCUACAGCGACGCUCGCCUGCCCCCAGAUUUCAUCACUGACCCACCGCCUCCUUCUCCCCCACUGCUGCCUGGCUCUCCUCUCGUCGGCGAGCGCUCACCGUCCAUUUCACCAUCUCUAAGCCCCAACCCCUCCAUCUGCUCCCACUCCCCCUCUCUCAGCCUUUCCCCAUCACUGCCCAUCAAGCCUCCCCGGCCUCAGAUUACCCACUGUUUCCAGGACCAUGUCUUUCGCAAGCCCACCAACUGCCAGCACUGCAAGCACAUGAUAGUGGGAAACUCCAAACAGGCUCUGCGGUGUAAAACAUGCAAGAUGGCUGCUCACCUGUGGUGCACCUCAGAACUAUCGCAGCAGCCAUGCUACGGGAAGUCUGGAGCAUUCAAGCGAAACUUCAGCUCGCCAAUGCUCGUCAAUGACCAGUUGUCUGUCGUCAAGGAAGUUCUGCCGAGCCAAGAGGCUGUGCGGAUGCGUGUAGAUCCCGUGUAUGCCGCCUUGCGCUACGGGACGUCCUUGGCACAGAUGAGCCGCUCCAGUUUUGGCAGUUUGUCAGAGUCGCCAACACGCAGCCUGGGGGAGGGAGGUGAGGAGAUGCAGCAGAGACAGUACAGCAUGGAGGAAGAGAUAACUCAGGAGACAGGGGACAUCCCUUACCCCGACGUCGAGAUCGAGGAGGAGGAUGAGAGCUGCAGUCAAGCUCAGACCCCUGCAGAAUCCCAGACCCCUGCAGAAUCCCAGACCCCUGCAGAAUCCCAGACCCCUGCAGAAGCUCAGACUCCUGCGGAGGAGAGCAGUGGGAUGGUGCCCAAGCGCAUUGAAGUUCACUCCAUUCACACCUAUGUAGCGCUCUACAAGUUUCUGCCUCAGGAACAGAAUGACCUGGAACUUCAGCCCGGUGAUCGUGUGCAGGUCACUGACGACUCUAACGAAGAGUGGUGGAAGGGCAAGAGUGGCGACAAAGUCGGCUUCUUCCCGGCCAACUUUGUGCAGAGGGUCCGGCCAGGAGAGAGAGUCUGGCGGGUCGUCCAAGGCACUCCUGGCAACCGAGAGAGAGGACACAUGGCUGUGAGGGAAUCCCAGAUCUGCGUUGGAAAGCGGGAAGACGGCGAGGUGUUUCUGAAGCUGAGCAGCGGAAAGAAGAGAGGAUUGGUCCCAGCUGACUCCAUAGAGGAGAUCUGAGCUUCUGUGCUCGCAUCACUAUCCUUCCACUUCUACUUUACCCUGGGAGGCACUCAAAUUCAGACAGACAAUCACCCACCCCCCCUUAAACCAAACACAGAAAAACUGGACGAAGAACACAAAGAGCUGGAACCUGAUGAACACAUGGUUUCCAGUUGAAUUGAUUUACUGUCUUAAAAAGUGUGUAGUUACGCAGAAGUCAUGCUUUUAGAAAGGCACUGUUCCUCAACAGUCUAGUUUUGUCUUUCCGAUUCAAAAAAUCUAUGAAAAAAUGCUUUAUAUGUGCUUGCUAGAUGACUGUUCACAUUUAGUUUCUUCCCAUCAAAGAGAUGUGGGAGGAGGCUGAGUCCUGUCUUGGGAACAUGAUGCCUCUGUAAGUGUCCUUUUCUUUUUUCUGCCCACUCCAUAUAUUUCAACCCUUUCUGCUCAUGUCAGGGUCUCUGGCCUGGGGACUGAUAUCACCUUUAUGAUACCAACAUGAGGCACCCGGCCAAGGACAACUACUGCCAGUCAGAGAAAGCUGCCCCCAUUCAGACAGAGAGGAGGAGGAGGAGAAGAAGAUGAAAGCAGGAGACCCGAUCCGAAAAUCCUCAGCAGUGUCAUGCUGAGUUAUAACUGCACUUGCCAACUUGAGAGUUCAGAAAUGAGAAGAUUUUCAAAAGAAAAUGGAAGUCUCUGGGGAACUUUUCACAGGAAACUUAAAAACUUUUCCCCUCUGACUUUUUCAGUAUAAUAUAACAACGAGAAUAUGGUACAAAAAAUAUGUGACCGCAUAUUUUUUUUAUUUCUGGUAAGAGAGCAUGAAUCAGCCGAAAGUAGGUCAAAUUUUGCAAAACAAACAUUUACUUUUCAACCAAUCUGUCUUCGAACUUAACUAUGAGGAAUUUCUUGAAAGUGUUUCCUUGCCUUUUCUUUUUGACUAAUGGCAUAUCCAUAUAGGAAUACAUUUUGGUGUAAAGUAUCUUGUUGAUAUCUCAGAAACCGCAGUGAUUGAGAAACUUGAGAGCCUCUCUCGCGGAAAACAGGGAGGGUUGCCGUACUGCGUUUGGCUGGUUGUUGAGAGCAUUAAGCAAGACUCUCUAAGCGUAGCAGUGGCAGUUGCUGUUCCCCUGUUCUCACGUAAAGGAGCUUGAGAGGCAUAAAAACGAGGAGCUGCAGUGGGUGUUGCAAAUGUUGCUCGGAUGUUAUUACAUGACUUCACUAAAGCUGGAACAGUGGGAAAUAAACUGCAGCCAGUCUGCCAGAAAAACAACAGAGUGGGAAUCUUCUGACCAUGACGAGGAGUCUGAGUUUCACUGACAGCUCGGAGGAGGACACAGGAGAACAGGGGGAGGAGGAGGAGGUGCAGUGAGAGGAAUGACAUCAAUGUCGAACCAUUAUGAGUCAGUGUGUGCAUGCAGGUAGUGGUGUACCCAUGAGUGCACCAGUCAUCAUUGAUAAAAUGUCAGCCUGUCAUCCUCAUCUUCUGCUCUCUGUUUGACCUCUCUCGUCCUCUCUUUAUUGAGGCCGCUGUUCAGUUAUGACAUAAAAAAGCGAAGGCAUUUUUUUUCUUGUAGUGUCCAGAGGUGCACUUCUGAUAGUUUUGGCCAUCGAUUCAUUCACCCAUUACUUAUUGAACAAAUUUGAUGUAUUCUUUAAAAAGGACAUUGUGUUCCAGAGACAGAAUACACGUACUGGGUCAUGAACAUGUGUCACGGAAAUGCUGGGUUUAAAGCACAGAAUGCAGCCGUAGAAUGAUGGCACGGCAAAUGAUGGAAUAAUUUAACUCGUAUGUCUCCUUUCGGAGCAGAGAGAUCUAGCUAACAUGAUCCUUCUUAUGUCUACAUUUCAAUAUAUGUGAAAAGUAUAACGAGAAAAAAGCACUUUAUUUUGUGUCAUAAGUUAUUUUUGUUUAGGUGUCUCCUUCAUAGUGAUCGCUGUUCAAUAAUACCUGCAACUUCACAUCACCCUGAAGCUCUUUGGUCAAAGGGCUGAUGGCUUGUUGUGUGUCAGAUGUUUCUAAAGUCAUAAAAUAUCAGAGAUGGAAAAAAAACUGAGAAUUACACAGCAGCAUAAACAUUACGACCAUCCUGGAGAAAAAUGGCGUCGGAACAGAACUGGAUUUAUGACUUUUACCCAUGUAAAAUUGUUAUUUUGCAUUGUGCCUAGUUUUAUGUAGCAUCACAUCAUGUUCACACCUUUUGAGAAUUCAAAAUGUUAAGUAUGUGUUUGGAUGUAUCCUGAGCCAGUCAUUGGUUGGCCACACACCUCAUUAAAAGAUUUUUACAAAACAGUCUCUGCCCUUUCCAUGUACACAGAUGACACGGUUUGCACACGGACACGU